GUGGACACAGCCGUUCGGUGGACUGGGUUCAUUUUUUGAGAUACAGUUUGCCGACAACAGUUGCAGGUUGCUAGCUUGACAAAAGGAUUCAGCAGAAGAGCAUGUAUAUAUCCAGAAUGACCAACCUUGCUUGCCAAAGAGAGAUCAUGAAGAGCGAUGUAGCAGCGAUCUUGGAAUGGAGUUCCUGGCUGAAAGAACUUGUCGAUGCAGGUAAACUACAGCUGUGGAUUUUUAGCAUCAACCGGCAUCAUCUAGUAUACAUUCCUGGUCUGAUCUUGUACUUGGGAUGGAUAUCUUCUUAUGCUGUUUUUUCUAUUGAGAGAACAAUCCAAGAGUAUAAGUCAAGGGUGAAAUCAAGAAAAGAUCCUGCUACCAACUGCGAAAAUGUUAUGCUUCAGCUUGUUUCACUGCAUUGGGUAGAGGGUAUGACUGUAGCUGAAGGGUCCAUUAGCCGCGUAGAAUUGGAAAACAGUGCUGGAGCCUUGGCAUUUGAUUACUCUGCGCUAAUGAAGAAGUACUUUGAGAAUCAAAGCCCUGAUAUUUACACUGAUCUUGAUUCUGGAAGUAUUGUCGAGCUUGGAUGUAGGCCGUGGAGCCCAUAUCAGACUGUAUUUGGAUGUUCAAUGAACCACAGUAGGCCAAGGCAUACAGAGCAAGAAAAACUGGUCCAUGGCUUGUUUGCAAAUAACUUGUCCCCUAAAUCUAUCAUUGAGCACCCACUUAACGAGGACUCAAAUAGGAAGCACCAAUUCUCAUGGGAUAUUUAUAGAAAGCCUAUGGAGAACGUACACGGCAGUCCAAUUGGCGACAUGACGUUUAAUGCUUUUUGUGAUCACCUCAAGCGCUUUAGACUGCCAGCUAUUAUUCGUCAAGUAAAAGAUGAAUUCAAGAUUGAGGCUGGUAAGCCAUUCAAGGCAGCGAAUCCACGAGGAAAGCUUAGAGCUGUCGAGCUUCUUGAGCAAACAGCGGCUCCUUUUGUUCCUUUGCGUGCUCGUGUUGGUUCUUGGGGCGCUAGACUGAUGCUUCGUUACUAUUGGAUUCGUAGAGAAAAGAAGCCUUCUACCACACCAAGCAGCGUACAAGAUAAUUGCGAUAUUCAAUAG